AUGACAAAACCUGGUUUCUUGCCAUUUCUCAUGCGAUAUCCAAAUUCAAUUUUGAUUGUAGAAGAUGCUGAAAAUAUAAUUCGUGAUCGAAAUCAAGACACAUUUGUAGCCAAUCAAGCGGUUUCCAAUUUGUUGAACCUUUCCGAUAGUCUACUUGGUGAUGCUAUGCAUCAACAAAUCAUUUGUACGUUUAAUUGUGAUGUCAAAAGUAUUGAUUCUGCUCUUCUACGCGAUGGACGUCUUGUCGUCGAACAUAAAUUUGAUAAAUUGAGUGUUGAAAAUCCUCGUCAUUUGUGUCUAGAAUUAGGCAUACCUGGGAAUGGCGACGAUAUUCACGAAUCAACACCCUUAGCAGAGGUUUAUGCACGAAAAAAUGCCGCACUAGGAGCUUUGUCGAACGAUCUCGAAAAUGGACGAACAUCAUCAAAAAAUAAACGAUAG